AUGGUCCCACCUCACAGGAGCAUCAUGGGCAUCAGCGCCUGUGCACAGAGCAAGGGGAGUGAGUGGCAGGUGCUGCAGCCCGAGGGCCCCAUGCUGGUGGCAGAAGGUGGGAGCCUCCUGCUGAGGUGCGUGGUGCUGGGCUCCUGCCUUGGCAAUAUGAUCAAAUGGGUCAAGGUGAGCUCUCACGACCAACAAGACGUUUAUAACUUCAAACAUGGCUCCUUCCCUGGGGUGACGCCCUUGACCCAACAGACACCAGAGCCACUCGAUUGCGAUUAUUCCAUCUACAUCCACAACGUCACCAGGGAGCACGCCGGGACCUACCACUGCAUCAGGGUGGACGGCUUGGGUGAGCGCUCAGAAAGGCAGCUGGAGGAGGGCACAUCCGUGCAUGUGAGGGGUGCCGGGGACCCUGAGCCAGAUCUCUGGCUCAUCCAGCCCCAGGAGCUGGUGUUGGUGGCCGCUGGAGACAACGCCUUCCUGAACUGCACGGCACUUGGAGGUGGCCCCCCUGGCCCCAUGAGGUGGUUCCGGGGGGCUGGUCUGAGCCGGGAGGCCAUCUACAACUUCCAGGGCAUCUCCCACCCCAACAUCACCGCCGUGCGGGCCUCCAACAGUGACUUCAGCAUCCUGCUGCAAGGCGUCUCCACUGAGCAGGCGGGCACCUACUACUGUGUCAAGUUUCAGAGGAAACCCAACCGCCAGUACCUGUCGGGGCCGGGCACCAGGCUGAGAGUGAAAGCAGAGCCCACCGCUCCUGAAGACGUAGAAUUGAACAGAGGACAUGCAGUGCGGCAAGCUCCGAUGGGCUUCCUACCUGUGCUCACGCUCGCUCUGGGGCUGAAGGCCAUGACCUUGGCCAUACUGCUGCUGACCCUGGCUGCCUGCUGGAAGACGAGACAGCGUCAGGACCCCCGGCCCAGCAGAACUGUGGACAUCUCAGCAUGGGACAAGGGACGAGAGUGA